UUGAUGUAACAAAAAUGCUUUAUCUGAUUGGACUCGGACUUGGAGAUGCCAAAGAUAUUACAGUGAAAGGCCUGGAGGUUGUACAACAGUGUAGCCGAGUAUACCUGGAAGCCUACACUUCAGUUCUCACAGUUGGAAAGGAAGCACUGGAGGAAUUUUAUGGUAAAGAAUUGAUUCUUGCUGACAGAGAAACAGUGGAACAGGAUGCAGAUACAAUCUUGAAGGAUGCCCAUCAAUGUGAUAUAGCUUUUCUUGUAGUUGGAGAUCCUUUUGGGGCUACUACACACAGUGACCUCAUCCUCCGAGCAGUGAAGCUGGGGAUUCCCUACAGAGUUAUACACAAUGCUUCUAUCCUCAAUGCUGUUGGCUGCUGUGGUUUACAGCUCUACAAUUUUGGAGAAACGGUUUCCAUCGUUUUCUGGACAGAUACAUGGAAGCCCGAGAGUUUUUUUGAUAAAAUCACCAAAAACAGGAAGAAUGGGAUGCAUACUCUCUGCUUGCUUGACAUUAAAGUAAAGGAGCAGUCUUUGGAAAAUCUCAUGAGGGGUAAGAAAAUUUAUGAGCCGCCACGGUAUAUGAGUGUGAAUGAAGCAGCCGAACAGCUUCUUGCUGUUGUUCAAAAUAGAAGGCGAGAAGGGGAAGAACCAGAAGUUAUAGAAGACACCCUAUGUGUUGGCUUAGCAAGAGUGGGCACAGUGGAUCAAAAGAUUGCUUCAGGUACACUACGGGAAAUGACCACGGCAGAACUCGGAGGUCCUCUACAUUCCAUGAUCAUAACUGGCACUCUGCAUCCGCUGGAAAUAGAGAUGCUUAAACUCUUCGCUGUAAAUAAAGCCAUAUUUGGAAACUGA